CCCGCCCAUAUUUGGGCCUUACGAGCCCACAGGCCCCGGAGAAGCCGCGGGGAGGCCGGGAGCCCGCGGGCCGGAGCCGCCCGGCCGGAGUGUGGGCGCUGGGCGGCCGGCCCACCCGUGGGGGCGACUUGAGCGUUGAGGGCGCGCGGGGAGGCGAGCCAUCAUGUUCAACCAGCAGCAGCAGCAGCAGCUCCAGCAGUUACAGCAGCAGCAGCUCCAGCAGCAGCAAUUGCAGCAGCAGCAGUUACUGCAGCUCCAGCAGCUGCUCCAGCAGUCCCCACCACAGGCCCCGUUGCCCAUGACUGUGAGCCGGGGCCUCCCCGCACAGCAGCCACAGCAGCCGCUUCUGAAUCUCCAGGGCACCAACUCAGCCUCCCUCCUCAACGGCUCCAUGCUGCAGAGAGCUUUGCUUUUACAGCAGUUGCAAGGACUGGACCAGUUUGCAAUGCCACCAGCCACGUAUGACACUGCCGGUCUCACCAUGCCCACGGCAACACUGGGUAACCUCCGAGGCUACGGCAUGGCAUCCCCAGGCCUCGCAGCCCCCAGCCUGACAACCCCCAGCCUCACACCCCCCCAACUGGCCACUCCAAAUUUGCAACAGUUCUUUCCCCAGGCCACUCGCCAGUCCUUGCUGGGACCUCCUCCUGUUGGGGUCCCCAUGAACCCCUCCCAGUUCAACCUUUCAGGACGGAACCCCCAGAAACAGGCCCGGACCUCCUCCUCUACCACCCCUAAUCGAAAGGAUUCUUCUUCUCAGACAAUGCCUGUGGAAGACAAGUCAGACCCCCCAGAGGGGUCUGAGGAAGCCGCAGAGCCCGGGAUGGACACACCAGAAGACCAAGAUUUAUCACCCUGCCCAGAGGACAUCGGCAAGGAAAAAUGCACUGCAGCACCUGAGCCUGAGCCUUGCGAGGUGUCCGAGCCGCCAGCCAAGAGGUUGAGGAGCUCAGAAGAACCCACAGAGAAGGAACCUCCAGGGCAGCUACAGGCGAAGGCCCAGCCACAGGCCCGGAUGACAGUACAGAAACAGACACAGACACCAGACCUGCUGCCUGAGCCCCUGGAAGCCCAAGUGCUGCCACGAUUCCAGCCACGGGUCCUGCAGAUCCAGGCCCAGGUGCAGUCACAGACUCAGCCACGGAUACCACCCACAGACGCCCAGGUGCAGCCAAAGCUGCAGAAGCAGGCACAAACACAGACCUCUCCCGAGCACUUAGUGCUGCAACAGAAGCAGGUGCAGCCACAGCUGCAGCAGGAGGCAGAGCCACAGAAGCAGAUGCAGCCACAGGUACAGCCACAGGCACAUUCACAGGCCCCAAGGCAGGUGCAGCUGCAGCAGGAGGCAGAGCCACAGAAGCAGAUGCAGCCACAGGUACAGCCACAGGCACAUUCACAGGCCCCAAGGCAGGUGCAGCUGCAGCAGGAGGCAGAGCUGCAGAAGCGGCUGCAGCCCCAGGCACGUUCCCAGCCCCCAAGGCAGGUGCACCUGCAGCUGCAGAAGCAGGCCCAGACACAGACGUAUCCACAGGUCCACACACAAGCACAGCCAAGGGUCCAGCCGCAGGAGCAGCCUCCAGCGCAGGUGCCAGUACAGCCACCAGAGCAAACCCAUGAGCAGCCUCAGACCCAGCCACAGGUGUCGGUGCUGGCUCCAGAGCAAACACCGGUUGUGGUUCAUGUCUGCGGGUUGGAGAUGCCACCUGAUGCAGUAGAAGCUGGUGGAGGCAUGGAAAAGACCUUGCCGGAGCCUGUGGGCACCCAAGUCAGCAUGGAAGAGAUCCAGAAGGAGUCGGCCAGUGGCCUAGAUGUGGGAGAAUGUGAAAACAGAGCAAGAGAGAUGCCAGGGGUGUGGGGCGCUGGGGGCUCCCUGAAGGUCACCAUUCUGCAGAGCAGUGACAGCCGGGCCUUUAGCACUGUACCCCUGACACCUGUGCCCCGCCCCAGUGACUCUGCCUCCUCCACCCCUGCAGCUACCAGCACUCCCUCAAAGCAGGCCCUCCAGUUCUUCUGCUACAUCUGCAAGGCCAGCUGCUCCAGCCAGCAGGAGUUCCAGGACCACAUGUCGGAGCCUCAGCACCAGCAGCGGCUAGGGGAGAUCCAGCACAUGAGCCAAGCCUGCCUCCUGUCCCUGCUGCCCGUGCCCCGGGAUGUCCUGGAGACAGAGGAUGAGGAGCCUCCACCAAGGCGCUGGUGUAACACCUGCCAGCUCUACUACGUGGGGGACCUGAUCCGACACCGCAGGACACAGGACCACAAGAUCGCCAAACAAUCCUUGCGACCGUUCUGCACCGUUUGCAACCGCUACUUCAAAACCCCUCGCAAGUUUGUGGAGCACGUGAAGUCCCAGGGUCAUAAGGACAAAGCCAAGGAGCUGAAGUCGCUUGAGAAGGAGAUUGCUGGCCAAGAUGAGGACCACUUCAUUACAGUGGACGCUGUGGGUUGCUUUGAGGGUGAUGAAGAGGAAGAGGAUGAUGAGGAUGAAGAAGAGAUCGAGGUUGAGGAGGAACUCUGCAAGCAGAUGAGGUCCAGAGAUAUAUCCAGAGAGGAGUGGAAGGGCUCAGAGACCUACAGCCCCAAUACUGCAUAUGGUGUGGACUUCCUGGUACCCGUGAUGGGCUACGUCUGCCGCAUCUGCCACAAGUUCUAUCACAGCAACUCAGGGGCACAGCUCUCCCACUGCAAGUCCUUGGGCCACUUUGAGAACCUGCAGAAAUACAAGGCGGCCAAGAACCCCAGCCCCACCACCCGACCUGUGAGCCGCCGGUGCGCAAUCAACGCCCGGAACGCUUUGACAGCCCUGUUCACCUCCAGCGGCCGCCCACCCUCCCAGCCCAACACCCAGGACAAAACACCCAGCAAGGCCCUUUGAACAUGCUGCUGUCUCUGCCUGGAAUGUGCUGGGUCCUCCCAUCUUCCUUCCCUCCUCUCCUCCUGGAUGAGUCCCACUCAUCCUUCAAGUCUCAGUAUGGAUGUCACCACCGGGAGCCCACCCAAUGCCCCAGACUGGAUCAGGCCUCUAUGCUGAGCCCCUAGCCCUCCUCAGCCCUCCACGACCCUCUCCAGGAUUGACUGCUGUGCUUAUCUGAGUGCUGUUCUGUUUCCCCAUGAAAGCUGAAUGGUCCUGUGUUCGCUGCUGGCUCCCUGGUACCCUCACAGUUUUGCAAUAAGCAUUUGUUGAAUGACUGAGUGAGUGAAUGAAUGAAGCCUCUGACUUGCCAGCCUCUCCGCCAUUGCUCAACUAUCCCUGCAACCUAGAAUGCCUCAACCACAACAGCCCAUCAAGGACCAGCUCAAAAUGCCUCCUCCAAGAAGUCUUCCCUGAUCUCCACUAGAAACCAUCACUCCUUCCCCUCCACGGCCACUCCAGAGCUGCCUUGCUCAGCAACACAGUGUCCCUGAGGACUCAAGGUCUGGGCCUGUGCCCACUGCGGGACCCAGUUCUGAGCCAGCCCAUGACUCAGAUACACUCAGCUGCCAGCUUGAGACCAAGGGGGAAGCAGCCAGUAGAGGAGCUGGAGGAGCCUAUCUGGGUUAUGGGUGCACUUGUGCCUGUGUUCUGGGAAAGGGCACCCGUUCCCAGCCACCCUCACAGAGGACAGAGUCCUGGGAAAUUGGCUGCAUCUUAAAGUCCAAGCCCCUCGUGGUAUAUAGCUAGGGAAACCAAGGCCUCCAAAGGAACCUGCCCAGGAUCCUCCAGGUUGGUAACAGAGUCGAAACUCAGGAUUGGACUUGGAGGUCGGGGCACUUGGGUUUGAAUUCCAGCUCUGCUUUACCCCAGCAAGUUGUUGUACCUUUCUGGAAAAAAGGGAAAAUAACUGGGUGGUUGUGAGGAUUCAAACAUAUCAAGAGUUCAGACAGUGGCCAGCGUGGUGGCUCACGCCUGUAAUCCCAGCACUUUGGGAAGCCAAGGAGGGUGGAUUACCGGAGGUCAGGAGU